GUUGAGCAAUGAACAAUAGAUCAUUUUGCCUAAUCUGAGGUACAGUAAUCUAAAUCUUUUCUAUGCUCUCUUUUCUUUGGUUCUUACCCAAUAACAUAGGUUUGUACGUCGUAAAUGUUGAAUUAGGGAUGGGCAUGGUUCGGAUUGGUUUGGGUUACAAGAUAAAUUAAAAUCGAACCAAUCUAAUUCAGUUUGAGAAAAUCAAAAGAUUCAAAACUAAUACCAAAAUAGUGGUGUCAAAAACAAAACCAAACAAAACCAAAAAUUUCAGUUUCGUUUGGGUUUUGCUUGUCGGUUUGAACGGUUAGAAUUUUAUAGACUAUUUGAAUACUUUAUUUGUAAGUUUGUUUAAUUUUUUAUGUAUGAAAUUGAUUUUUGGGAUUGACUUGGUCGUAUUAAGUGAUAACUUUGAGUUAAAUAUUGAUAUAUUCAUAUGCAUAACCAUUAGAUAUACUUAUACAAACAAACUUAUACAAAUAUAUAGAUACAUACACGUAUAAAUAAAAAAAUAUACAGUUCGGUGGUUUUGGGUUUGGGUUGGGUUUUCAAUAUUUUAACCCAAAACCAAACAAACCAAAACCAAACCAUUUACAGCCAAAAUGAAACCAAACCAAAACAAAAUUGUUGGUUUUGGUUUGGUUUCACUAUUUUUUUUUCCCAUGCUCAUCCCUAUGUAGAAUGGCAGCUAAAUGCAUCAGCAAGUAAUACCUAGUAUAUAUAACUUGAUGCUGAACAUGUUUCAAUUUUUCCUUUUAUGUACCUUUUUUUAGGCUAAAUUGCACGUUCAGUCCUAAAACUAUGAGGCGGGUUACAUUUUGGUCCUCAAAUUUUAAUUUAUUGCAAUUUUCGGCCCAAACUUUCAGAAGUGUUGCAAUCAGGCCUCACAAUCCAAUUUAGUUCACUAAAUAUUUAAAGCAUUGCUUACAUAAAAGUAAUAUGACAUUUUAAUUAUUAGCGCAUCAUCAAUCACAACACUGUUAAGUCAUUUCCACAUAGCGAUACUAGUCAACUAAAUUUGGUUAUUGGACUUGAUUGCAACAAUUGUAGAAGUUUGAGCUAGAAAUUACAACAAGCUAAAAUUUGAGGGCCAAAGUUUCACCCCUCUCAUAGUUUGAGGACCAAACGUGCAAUUUAGCCUUUUUUUAUUUAAAUAUGAGGUGAUAGCAAUAUGAUUAUGUUAAUACUUAAAUACUCCUUUUGUUCUUCUUUCUUGUAUGGCGCACUGGAGUCAUCUGGAGAAUCAAGGAAGUUCAAUAUACCUAGCUAUGUUGUUUUGGUCACGACCUAAGGUUCAAUAACUGCAGAACUUUUCAAGGAUGCUUCUCCUGAUGUUAUGGACAAGUUUGUUGAGCCAUGCCCAAAGCAUGAGGAUUUCAUGCUAGGAACCACGAAGGCUAGUCGGGAUAGUAAAUGAUUUGAUCUCUUUAUUACUAUUGCACCAAUUCCUGACUUGAAUGACAAGCUUAUUGUGUUUGGGCGGAUUAUAAAAGGGGAGGAUAUCGUCCAGGAGAUUGAAGAAGUAGACACAGAUGAACAUUACCAAUCGAAGUCUGCUGUCGGUAUUGUCGACAUCACACUGAAGCAGGAUCUUUGAGUUUUGUGCCCUUGACCGGGCGAAAUAUAAAUCACUUCAUUUCUCCAACUAAAAGUUUACCCUGCUACUUUCUGGUGGCAUUAUGCUUUACAAUGCUUUGUCUCCAUUCUACGGGAUCUUGGGGCACUUGUUUUGUGAAGAAGCUGCUUUGAGUGGUUUGGCUUGUACAGUGAUCAUUACUCCACGUAUAACUCUGAAAGUUUUUGUAAAAUGAUGUCAUAUUUUGCUGCUAGCAAUUAGAUGUAUUAUAAAAUUUCUAUUAUCACCUCUCUCUCUCUCUCGCAAAGAGGCUCUAAUUGGAUGUAUGAAAAUUUUAUUCAGGAUAUUCCAUUGACAUAAUUUCGUUCAUCAGUAUGUAUAUAUUUGAAGAGGCAAUGUUGUAUGUAUGGACUAAUUUCAAUAGAGAGGAUGCUACUAGUA